AUGGAACAAAGAGACCUAGGGACAUGGAGGAUUGCUGUCGCGAUUGCUGUGGUUCUGUUAUGGCGCAUGGCCACGGCGCAAACACGAUAUUCUAUUUCUGAAGAAGUGAAAGAGGGGACAGUUGUUGGUAAUGUUGCCAAGGAUUUAGGACUGGACAAGAACACAUUGAAAGAAAGAGGAUAUCGUAUUGUGGCCGGAUCCACUGAGCCCCUUUUCCGGGUAAAUCAGGACGAUGGCAUCCUGUACGUGAACAAAAAAAUUGAUAGAGAGGAGGUUUGUGAGCGGAGCAGUGUGUGCUUGAUUGACUUGAAAACCGUGCUCGAAAAUCCACUGGAAGUACAUUAUGUCUCAGUGGAGAUUUCCGAUGUGAACGACCACACUCCCAGCUUUCCAGAGAAAGAGAAAAGUUUAGAGAUUUUUGAAUCCGCAUUACCGGGUGCAAGAUUUCAGCUUCAAGCUGCUCGCGAUGCUGAUAGUGGUCCGUUUUCUGUCCAGCAGUACAGAUUGAGCCAGAAUGAACAUUUUCGUCUGGAGGUAAAGGAUCGUGGUGAGGAUCGUAAAACUCCUAUACUGAUCCUCCAAAAGCCACUUGACAGAGAAUCUGUGAAGAGCCAUACGUUAUUGCUCACAGCCAUAGAUGGAGGCAAACCUCCUAAGUCUGGGGAAAUGAAAAUAACAGUUAAUGUAUCAGAUGUCAAUGAUAACCCUCCAGUCUUCACCAAGGAUUCUUACUCUGUGCAACUAAAUGAAAAUUCCCCUACUGGCACGACGGUCAUACAAGUACAUGCAAAAGAUUUGGAUGAGGGUUCAAAUGCUGAAAUUGUAUAUUCAUUUGGUAAUGACGUGGAGGCAAAUACACGUGCACGUUUUGAUUUGAACCCAUUAACUGGAGUAAUAAUCGUUGCCGGAGAAAUAGAUUUUGAGGAGAGUAGCAAAUAUGAGAUUGAUGUACAAGCAUCGGACAAGGAAUUAACAUCAGAGAAAAGCGUUACUAUUCAGAUUGUUGACGUAAACGACAAUGCACCCGAGAUCGAGGUGACAUCUUUCUCACGUGCUCUGCCGGAAGAUUCUAAACCGGGAACUACUGUGGCGUUAAUUAGUGUGAAAGAUUCAGACUCUGGUCUCAAUGGAAAAGUGGUGUGUUAUUUAAAUCAAGAUGUCCCUUUUGCGCUCACACCGUCAUUACAGAAUAACAUGUAUUCUUUAGUCAACAAAUUGCUUUUGGAUCGGGAAGAGCAAUCUCAGUAUGACGUAACAAUUGUUGCUAAAGACGCAGGUGAACCAUCUUUGUCAUCUGAAAAAACAAUAAGCAUUGUUGUGUCAGAUGUGAAUGAUAACAAACCACAGUUUUCACUGAGCCCAUAUGUUUUUUACAUUGCAGAGAAUAACGCUCCAGGUGAAUCAGUAUUCUCAGUGAAAGCCUCUGAUCAUGACGAGGGAAAUAAUGCACUUAUAACAUAUCAUAUUAUUAGAGAUGUAAGUGAAGCUAACAAAUAUACUCCAUUUAUGAACAUCAAUACUGAAAAUGGGGAUAUAUUAGCACUAAAAAGUUUUGACUUUGAGACUCUGAAAACCUUCUGGUUCCAAGUUGUUGCCACAGACUCUGGAACUCCAUCACUGAGCAGCAACGUCACAGUGAACGUGUUCAUUCUGGAUCAGAACGACAACGCUCCAGUCAUCUUGUAUCCACUCAGCGCGAACGGUUCUGCUGAAGGUGUGGAGGAGAUUCCCCGCAAUGUGAACGCAGGCCACCUGGUGACUAAAGUGAGAGCUUAUGAUCCAGAUAUAGGAUAUAACGGCUGGUUGUUGUUUUCGCUGCAGGAAGUGAGUGACCAUAGUCUGUUUGGUUUGGACCGCUAUACAGGACAGAUAAGAACACUUCGCUCAUUCACAGAGACAGACGAGGCUGAGCAUAAACUGGUCAUACUGGUCAAAGACAAUGGGAACGUUUCCCUGUCAGCAACAGCUACUGUGAUUGUCAAGGCUGUGGAGCCCAAAGAGGCUUUUGCAGCCUCAGAUGUUAAAAGUGCAGCAAACGUUGAAGAAGAGAGUAAUGUGACAUUUUAUUUGAUAAUAACUUUGAGCUCUGUUUCAACACUGUUUCUCAUCAGUAUCAUCGUUCUGAUUGUAAUGCAGUGCUCCAAACCCACUGACUAUUCCUCCAAGUACUUACAAGACACGAACUAUGACGGGACUUUAUGCCACAGCAUCCAGUACAGAUCUGGAGACAAACGGUACAUGCUAGUUGGACCCAGAAUGAGUAUAGGAUCUACUAUAGUCCCGGGCAGCAAUGCGAAUACACUAGUUCUCCCUGACAGGAGGCAGGCAUCUGGAGAGGUAAGAUUGUUUUAA